AUGUCGUCUAAAUCUGUGAUGAACCUAGCGCGGGAUGUGAAGUCAGCCUCACUCAAAGAACGAGAAAAGGCUGUUGAUGGUAGGAGACAACACAACCAUCUGUCAUUGAUUCAUCAUUUCAUGGGCUCACGGGUGUACUACUUCAGAACUGGCUAUUCCGACCUUGGCGACAAAGGCUACCAUGAGAUCUUCGAAUCCAUCUUCAGCUUUGUGAUGCGCGAGAAGCCCAACCUGCGUAAUAAGUCAAAGUCCCAAGCCACGUCGAAUGCUGCAGCAUCCCGUCUCUCGAAAUGUGCCGCCGCUGUGCGGAUGGCAGCAGGACGCGGUGUCUCUAAGCUCGGACGGAAGACAUUGCUUGCAGUCGUGGACCACAUCACGCAAACUCUAGGACAGAAAGACGACUUCGUGCCUCCGUUACUUCAGGACUACAUCAAGGCGUUGACCGAGGUGCUCUCAAGACCGGCCCAUGUAGAGAUGCUCGCUCGCAAGGGUGGUGAGAAGUGGGAUGAGUGCGUUGACUUUCUUCUCGACGUUGCUCAGUUCAUGCUCCCUGAUGAAGAAGCUACCGCUCUGACGUUGGCUCGGGGUUCCCCAGCUCCAGGGUCGGGGUACGGCCGGUCUACUGGACGUUCGACUCCAUCGACUCAGAGCCAAAGAAGAGUCGCUCCCGGAGAAGGCGGUCCUUUGAAAGAUGUACUGGAAGGGCUGUAUCAUCUGGUCACCGCCGGCAACGCGCCCUUGUUGCGACGAUAUACGGACAUCACCGAGGUGGUGAUGAAAGUCUUGAGCUUGAAGCAGCUCAGCCUUGGCUCUUUGCAGACCCUGGCAUUUGCCAUCAUCAAUGUGAUUUUCUCAGAAACCCAUGCCGACGACCUAACACAUUCGUGCUCAGUGGUGCAAAGUCUCCUGCCCCUGAUGAGCUACUGGUGGCGAUCUGAAAAAGUUUCGCAAGACGAAGUCAUCAGGGCGUUGAGAAUUGAGAUCUCUAGGAGUAUCUUCCUCAUGCACCUGCACAUCGAGCAUCUGGUCAUCAACUCAUCAGCUGAAGGCAUCCGCCUGGAUGUCGAAGACUUGGUCGAGAAUCUUUGGAGUGAGUACUCCAAGCGCAGUGAAGCCUUUCGGUUACAACUCAGCGAUAUCACCUUCUCUACGUCCUCUCUUUCGAAACAUGGACUUCAACUAGAUGUCUUUGGACUGCGCCCCCACAAUGUGUAUGGAGAAGGCCACUGGGCGGUUGUGCAGAAUCUGGCAUUCCUUGAACGUAUCAUGGUACUUUCCAACGAGAGGCAUCAAGAAGCAGCCCCGGAACAUGACGAACAGCGGCGGAAGAGGCGCCGUAUCCGCCUCGACAUGAGUCGUAUCAGACUCAAGUUGAAGCUUACGGAUGUAGCGGUCCGACGCACAGCCCUACAACUGGUCCCGUUUCUUCUUGCAAGUAAUUCGCUAAGCCGUGACGAGUUGCUUGAUUUGUUGCCAGACUUGGUAGCUUUGGCGAGUGACAAAAACCCCGUAACGGCAUCUUGGGCUCUCGUCGCCUCAGCCAGCGGCCCCAGUGUCUUGUGCGAUGCGUCCAUCAGCCUGAUGUUUCAUGUACUUCAUCUUCGGAAUGCUAGGAUCCCAAGUGCCAGCCAAAGCACUUGCCAUCACAUCAUCCGUUGGAUAUUUCUCCGAUGGAACCCAAACGAAUCCACAUUCGCCUCCUAUCACUCUCUACAUGUUCAGCCUAUAGAGCUUGUGAACCUGGUUCGGGCUUGCUGCGGGACUUCAGAGUUGAAGCUGGUCACUCAGACGGUCACCUCAGGAGGCCCUCUGAGUGAAACAUGGAACUCGUUGGGCGAGAUUGAAUCAUUCAGUCGAUACAUACUCCUCCUGAAGGACACACCAGAAAAGUCUAAGACUGCUGGCCGUUGUACCUAUUUUCAGACGACGAACCCUCCACCGCUGGCCGAUGCCAACACUCGUUACGCUUCUAGGAAGCUAACACUGGAGCUUUUCUAUCCCAAGCUCGGCGAACUGACCGAACUUUGCACAGCUUGGACCAAGAGAAUGAAUGAAGGUGGCGUGCAGAUUUCGAUCGAUCGCUUUCAGAGCCUCCUCUCAGCCUGCUUGACGGGAACACUGUUGCUUUCGCAGAUCAGCGACCUCAACUCAACCCAGUCCUCAUCUGUGGAGUCUACUCUGAUGGAAAUUCUAGAGAAAGGACUGGAAGCUGCUUUGACAUCUGUUGAACCCAUGGCGUUCGUCGAUUCUAUCCUGCGCGCAGUGAGGCCCAUGAUGCCCGAUCUGACCACAGCGAAUCUCAACCAAAUGCAGGGGAACAACGCAGGUCUCUCGCGUUUGUUAGCAAAGGUUUGGUCCGUGAUCGAGGACCGAACGACCCAGCAAAGUUCCGGGAACGAUGUCGACUUGAUGGAUAUUGACGAUGAGUUUGAGUCGCAGAGUAGCAGAGCGAGCUCUAUUUUGACACCAGCAGCAAUUCCACGGUUCAACAUCCAACUGCGGAUGGAUGCCCGGGCAUUUUAUACGGAAACAAAAGCUCGGUUCCAGUUUCUGUCCAUUCUCAACGACGAUAUUGGCCAAAUCGGCCUCGUCCCGGAUGUCUUCGUUGAGCAUCUAAUCAACAUGCCAGAUGAUGAGCUUCUGCUGUGUCAAAACUUGUUGUUUGAGCUUUUCAACUCUGACCUUAUCAUUACCCCAGACAAUGCCCUAACGGUGAUCGAAAGACUGGGAGAGUAUGUCAGUGAUAGGGACUACCAGUAUGCCGAGGUUGCCUUGAGUACUUGCAUCGGGGUUAUUGAUGGUCUUCAUUCCAUUUGGCUGAACGAUACACGUCAGCUCUCGGACAGAGUUGGUGACCUUUACUAUCACCUCAUCAAAGUGUGCCUUCCAUCAAACAUGCUCUCGCCCAGAACCCAGAUAUCGAUGGUUCGAUUGCUCUUCACCCUUCUACGGACCAACUCGGACUAUGGCAAGGAUCAAGGCCUGGACUCCUCCCGAACCUGUCUUCUCUACAUCCUCAAGAACGGCCCCAUGUCUGUCAAAUAUGCUAUUUCCGAAAAGAUCGCAGACGUUUUCGAUCUCUUCAUUCUCAAACUCCACGACGAAAUCUUCGUGGACGUUUUGGACAACCUGCCUACCGACCCUGCCGAUACUACGGGCAUUGCCUUUCGACUAUUAGUGUUGUCAAACCUCGCCUGUCGAUGGUCUACUUUGCUUCGGAGAUGUACCUACCACAUCUUUGAAACCCCGGGGAAGAUACCAAGCUCCACGGAGUAUGCGACCCGUUGCUUGCUCAAUGUCUCUCGAACCCUGGAAUUGGAAUCUCCCAAGGUCUUGUUUCGGCUGUUUUCUCGUCAGUUGCUGUAUACUUGGCUGGAGUGUGAUCCUAUCGAGGACAUUCCAUUCUCCAUAUUUGGGUUCUCAACCUUGGGUGACCUUCUCAAGUCCGCCCAAGCUGAAGCAAUUGGCUUGACCGUCAUGCGUGGGCAAGAAGAGGCGUCUGCAGAAGUUGCUCGCUUACUGGGAACCUCCGAGAGCGACCUUAUCCGUGAAAACUUUGCGACCGCUAUGGCCUACAGCAUGAUAUUCGGCGACUCCAAUGGAGGCGACGACAAGGAGAGGGGCGAAGCUCAUAUCAAGAAGGUCCUUGGCCGCCAACUAUAUCUUGAAGCGAUGUACCUUGACUUUCUCGGUGUUGGAGCCCUCUUCUUCGACCUCAUUGAUCAAGAGAACUCCAUGGAGAAGGUCUUUGCGAGAUUCAAGCUUGACUAUGCUGGAGAAAUCAUGAGUGCUAUCAAGGCCAUCUCUCACUCUCCUGCCGAGUUACCAGCCAACCAACAACCAAUGUUCAAGGCAAAGUAUCUCAUCAACGAGCUUCACAGGCUCUGCCAGGGCAGCGAGUUUCAGUUCCAUGAUCUUUGGUCGCCUCCUGUGGUGGUUUUCAUCGCUCGCACGCUCCUCAACACGGUGCAUUCUGCUCUGGGGCCCCUUCAUGCCUGUUCUGUCCUCCGAAAAGUCAGGAUUUUGAUCUGUUUAGCUGGCCCGGUUGCGCUGGAAUCGUACCCUUUGGAGAUGUUGCUCAACGCGACCCGUGAGUUUAUCGUGGAUUCAGAAUGUGCGGACGAUGCCUUGGGGAUCAGCCAGUAUCUCCUUGCCGAAGGCGCAAAGCAUCUCAGUACAAACCCUUCGUUCCUUGCUGGUUAUGCAUUAUCGACCCUGGCUUCCCUUCGCGUCUUUUUGGAAUCGAGCCAGUCCAGUACGACACAGGAGAGUCAGUUCAAAGCCACCAUGAGCAAGGCUGAGAAGUUCCAUGGGUGGUUUAGCAAGUACCUGGAAGAAUACGACUCUCCGAUGUUUAAGAAUCUCGAACAGCGCGAGGCUUUCAAGUCAAUCACACAAUCUGCCGCCCGUAUCCGGUCUUCAGGCAAUGCGGAACGAGACACUGCAGAGAGCAAGCUGCUGCUCGACAUCUUGGAUGAUGGUGGCUCAGAAUACCAACUUCUCAAUGAUACUUCACGUCAGCUCGCUCUUGGCCUUCUCUGCGGCGACUUUAGUAUCCCCCUGUCGAGCAGGGACGACAUCAUCGAAUCUGACCAGGAUGCGCUCAAGCAUGCCGCGGCUGUGUGGAAGAGCUGUGAUACGCAAAACCUGAGCGAUGAGUAUCUGGCAUGGGCAGGGCGAGUAGUUGGCCGAUCCUUCUCGGCAUCAGGCGGGAUUCCUACGGACAUCCUCCGAGAGUCACAUCUUGCUCGUUACCAAAAGAUUGCUCCGGAUUCUAAUGGCUCAGAAAUUGGGAUCCUUCGUCUUCUUCAGGACCUGACUUCAAGCACAGACUCUGUGACAGCAGGGUUGGCUGAGGCAGCGCUACGAACAGCCGUUUCCGAUUCUACCAUGACUGGCGACGACACACUGAUUGUGGCUUGUCAACAAGGCCUCUCGGAGUCUCUUCUACAGACAUCCCAAUUGGGUCCAUACCGGUCUCCCCCGUCUGAUAAAAGAGCUGGAACUCCUACAUCGUCGAUAGAUGAGCAAGCUGUGUGGGCGGAGGAUAUUACGUCAAAGAACUGGCUGCCGAACCUGAGCGCCUACAUGGCCAACGCAUUCCCGUUUGUUCAGACAUCUCUCAAGCGUCAGCUAUCUUCUUCUAUCAAGGAGUGGCUUCAGUGCACAGCGCAUGCAGCCAAGGACAACUUGAAGUUGCUCAUCAACACCCUCCUAUACCUCAGGACCCAGGAAUACCCAAGAGAAUCAUCAAUCGCUGAUCGAUCACAUUGGCUCAAUAUCGACUAUGCCCUUGCUUCUGCGUCGGCAGCGCGAUGUGGAAUGCACAAGACGGCCUUGCUCUUUGCUGAGCUCGUCUCAUCCGAAACCACACGAUCCUCUCGUCGAUCUUCCGCGGCGGCAGCGAAAGAAACCGACAUGAGCGAGACUCUACUCACAAUUUUUGAAAACAUUGAUGAUCCCGAUGCUUACUAUGGACUGCCAGAGGAGGCCAGCCUCUCAAAGGUUCUCGCUCGCGUGGAGUAUGAAAAUGAUGGGCCCAAGAGUCUAGCAUUCAGAGGUGCCCAAUAUGACAGCAACAUUCGUCUCGGCAAUCCUAUUGCACAGUCCGAUGGACAAGCUUUGGUGAAGGCUUUGAGUACGCUUGGCUUGUCUGGACUCUCAAACUCCCUACUUCAAGUACAGCAGAAUCUAGAAUCAUCCCCAGCUUCUCUUGAGAGUACCUUUAGCACAGCAAGAAAGUUGGAAAUCUGGAAUCUGCCUGCCCCAACGAGCAACCACCAUGCAGUCACUGUUUACAAAGCCUACCAGAGCAUACAUCAGGCGACAGACAUCGGGGUUGUUCGAGCGGCCGUACAUGAUGGCUUCACCCGCACCAUGAGCAGCUUGAUUGCGCAUGGUCUUAAUGCCACAGCCUUGAGGAAACGACUGGGAGCGCUAGCUUCACUGACGGAGCUGGAUGACGUCCUCGGCGUAUCUGAUACCACGGAAAUGGAGAGCAUUCUCAGUAAAUUCAAGAGCCGGAGUGAUUGGAUGCGAAGCGGACUUUAUGACAGCGUCAGUCAGAUCCUGUCUUGUCGAGGAACUACCAUGAGCAUGGUCAGCCAGCAGAACGCCCUUCGAAGCAACUUGAAGCUUUCUGCGGCUGCAGCAAGACAAAUGGAGGUGGAAUCUAUGAUCACGGCAUCUGGCGUCUAUCGGUAUCAUCAGGCGACUCAGGAGAGCCUAAACUUAUCUACCAGCCUCACCAACCUCAUUGCACCUUGUGCUUCGCUGGAUCUCCACGUGGAUGCCGCAAUCAAUAUUGAAGCCGCCAACUCGCUCUGGGACUACGGGGAGAUGAGCACCUCUAUUCGCAUGCUUCAGAGGAUUGAAAGGGACUCUUCUCUCCAGAAACAGACCAUCCCAGUCAGCCGCUCUGACUUGCUUUCAAAAAUUGGAUUCCAGGUCUCUGUUGCUCGUCUCGAGAAGCCGCACGACAUUCAAAAGAAGUACCUAGAACCGGCCUUGAAUGAACUCAAGGGCAAAGGUCAAGGACGGGAGGCUGGCAUGGUUUACCACCAGUUUGCUAUGUUCUGUGAUCAGCAGCUCCAGGAUCCUGACGGGUUGGAAGACCUGACAAGGCUUCAGGGGCUGAAGAAGGCCAAGAGCGACGAAGUGUCGGAACUCAAGUUGCUGAUCUCCACUACGAGGGACUCUCAGUUGAAGAACCGAUACUCGCAUGUGCUGAACAAGGAAAAGCAGUGGCUAGACCUUGAUGAGCAAGAGCUGCGACGAGUCGAGCACACUCGUAGCGAGUUUGUGCGUCUGAGUCUUGAGAACUACCUCUUGUCUCUCAUCGCUUCCGACGAACACAAUAACGAUGCGCUGCGUUUCACAGCCCUUUGGCUCGAGCGAUCAGAAGAGGAGAUGACCAACAAAGCAGUCAUGAAGUCUGUCUAUGACGUGCCAACCAGAAAGUUUGCAGGUCUCACCAACCAGCUGACAUCCCGACUCCAAGAUAAUGACACUGCCUUCCAAAAGAUCCUCCUGGAGUUGGUUUACAAGAUUUGCGUGGACCAUCCCUACCACGGCAUGUACCAGAUUUGGUCAGGAACCAAGGCAAAGGCCCAGCAGAAGGACGAAGUUGCAGUCAAACGUGUCAGGGCUACAGAUCGGGUGGCCAAGCGACUCGCCGAGACGCAGUCCGUGGCUAAUAUCUGGCUCUCCAUCGACAAGACGAGCAAAUACUACCAUGCCCUGGCCAUGGAUCGAAACCCAAACAAGUACAAGUCGGGUGCUAAGAUAGCACUGAGAGACUCAACUCCAGGUCACAACCUUGUCAACUGCUUGGCUAAGUACCGCAUCCCUUCUCCAACCAUGCACAUUGAGCUUUCUGCAACCAAGGACUACACAAAGGUGCCCAUCAUCUCCAAGCUGGAGCCGACCAUGACGAUCGCCUCGGGCGUCAGUGCACCCAAGAUCAUUACGGCACUUGGGAGUGAUGGUGUGCGGUACAAGCAGCUUGUCAAGGGUGGACACGACGACCUACGCCAAGAUGCAAUCAUGGAACAGGUCUUUUCGGCUGUAUCGUCUCUCCUGAAGCUUCAUAGGACAACUCAGCAACGCAAUCUGGGUAUCAGGACGUACAAGGUGCUCCCGCUCACGGCAUCUUCUGGCCUGAUCGAGUUUGUCCCCAACACAGUACCACUUCACGAAUUCCUCAUGCCCGCGCACGAAAGGUACUAUCCUAGGGACCUGAAGGGCUCUCAAUGCCGUAAGGAAAUCUUUGGAGUCCAGAGCCGGACAGUCGAGACUCGCAUCAACACGUAUCGCAAGGUUACGGAAAAGUUCCACCCGGUCAUGAGGUACUUCUUCAUGGAGCACUUUAUGGACCCCGAUGAGUGGUUUGUGAAGCGGCUGGCAUACACAAGGAGCACAGCGGCCAUAUCUAUGCUUGGUCACGUCCUUGGUCUUGGUGACCGACACGGUCACAACAUUCUCCUGGAUCACAAGACUGGAGAGGUUGUCCACAUCGAUCUGGGUGUGGCUUUCGAGGCUGGCCGUAUCCUACCCGUACCAGAACUGGUCCCUUUCAGGUUGACAAGAGAUAUCGUGGACGGAAUGGGCAUCACUAAGACAGAAGGCGUCUUCCGAAGAUGUUGCGAGUAUACUCUUGACGCCCUGCGAGAAGAGCAAUACUCCAUCAUGACUAUUCUCGACGUGUUGCGCUACGAUCCCCUCUACACUUGGUCCAUCUCCCCACUACGACUCGCGAAGCUACAAAAGGCAAGGCACAACGACGACAGCGUCAUGGACGACGAGCAAAGCGAAACAGAAACGAAGAAGGGCAAGAAGACGACGGGAGGCCAUGUCAACGAGCCAUCCGAGGCAGACCGUGCCCUAGAGAUUGUGAGGAAGAAGCUCUCCAAGACCCUGAGCGUGACGGCCACGGUCAACGAUUUGAUCAACCAAGCGACGGAUGAGCGCAACUUGGCAGUUUUGUAUUCUGGAUGGGCGGCAUAUGCUUGA